UGUUUAAAAAUCGAUAGGCUUAAUGGUUUUUUUUAUCAUUCAUACUUAAAUACAAUAAACGUAUAAAAACAAUAUUGAGUUAUUUUUUUAAAUUAAUUGUACAAUUUAUUGCGAACAGAUAAGAAAGCGGCUGUUAUCUUGAGACUCGAACAACAGUAUGCGGUUAUUUUAACAUUUUUUCUUUAGUGCCACUCAAGAUUUAUAAUAAUACGUUUGCGUUCGCUGGUAUUUUUGUGUUUAAGUGUAUACAUGUAAUUAUAAGGCAAAGAUAAGAACAGUAAACAAUUCUUCGAUCUUCGUAAGGCAUUUUUAAUUUUUUUUUUAUUAUUCUGCAGUCAGCAAUAAGCGUUCCAUGCGAUCAGUUCGAAUUAUAACUAUGGUCGGCACAAGUCCGUUUUAUUUGUUUUGUACAGUUUUGAUUGUUUAUUUUAGUGAUUUUGUGAUUAGCAGUAAUGAAACCAAAACUAUAGAGCUUAAUAAACUAGAUCCAGAUAUUCAGUUUGAAAAAAUUUAUCAAUAUACAGUAAAACAAGAAUUGUUAAAAAAGGGAUACGAUUUACAAUUACCUAUAAAUUAUAAAUCAACAGAAAAUGAUACAUUACUAUUAGUACCAAUUGAAAAAUUUUGUAAUCCAAAUAAAGAAAUUAAUAUAUGUAACCAUUUUCAAGUAUUAAAUGAAAACGAGCCAAAUAAUGGAAUAAAAAUACAAAUUGUAGAUGACAUAAGAACAAAAAUGAAUAAUGACUCCACAAUUGCUUUUUUGUUAAAGUUAGUAAAUAAUCAAGACAUUAAAAUAAUAUAUGACGAAACUAUUAUCCUAAUCAAUAUUAUAGUAUCUCGUACAGAUAGUGGUUCAUCUGUGAGCGAAUAUCAGGGUACUUCCUUGAUUUUUGAAAAACCAUCAUACGUUAUUAAUGUUGCCUAUGGUCGCAAAGGAGUUGUCUAUAAAUUUACUGCAUGUUUCAGUAACGCAUCACAACAUUUGGAUAGAAAGUGUAAUGAUCAAGUCAACGUAACCUACACUUUUGCUCACAAUACCUCACAAUGCACAAACUAUCUAAAUUGUCUGUUAAAUCAUUUAUAUAUUGAUAAUAAAAGUGGAAAUUUAACAAUUAAUAGUGUUAUAAAUGAAGGAUUCUAUGAAUUUGUUAUAGAGGCAAAGUACAAUGGCGAAGAAGGUUAUAAAGCAGCCCAAACAACGGUUACACUAUUUGUUGAUAAUGUUGCCGUUUGUGAAAAAGACGACGUAAAUUUUCAAAUAGCUUAUAGAAAAAUCUACAUAGAUGAAAAUACAAUAAGUGUUGUUUAUAAAAAUACAAAUUUCAAUCAAAAUUGUACUUGGGAGUUAGCUAAAUGUCAUCCAGACGCAGUAAUGCGUAAUAUUGAAAUAAAUAACGGCGAAAUAAAAAUAAAAGAAGGACUAGAUCGCGAGUCAGCUAUAUUCUAUGACGAUCCAAACGUAUUCCUUAAGUUAAGCUGUCAAAACAAAUCUUAUGAAAAUGAUGCAAUACAGUUUCCACAGUGGUUUGAGUACAUGCCGUAUGAUCCACAUUCGACAGUUAUACAAAUAGUUAUAAACGAUGUCAACGAUAAUCCACCGACGUUUCCAGAAAAACACAUUGUCAUUGGUUAUCCUGUGGCCCAAGUCGCACUUGAUGUGUCGCCCGAACACCUUGUGCAGGUCAAGGCAACUGACAAUGAUUUUGGUGAAAACGCAAAUAUUACAUAUUCAUUGAAGAGCAAUGAUGGGGAUGAUUUUUUGAUUGAUCCAAUGACUGGUAUUAUAUACUGUAAUCAUUUGGUGGAUAGUGGUGACGUUGUAAAAGAAUUUACAGUGAUAGCAAAUAAUUCGGUAAAGGACCCAAACGGCGAAGAUAUGACAUGCGAGUUGUUAGUGACGGUAAAAUACCUCACUUACGAACACAUUAUAAAAGUUAAUACUAAGUUCAACGUGGAGGAAUACAUCGAAAUAUUGGAAAGACAGCUAUCAGAUAUAACAGGAUGGAAAAUAUCUUCACUGUCUAAUAAAAUAAUCAAUGGAGAAGUGGAUGGAGGUGGUGUCAAACUAGAGAGGACAAUGAUCGUGUAUGGAAUAGACAAUAAAUCCCUAGUCCACGGAUCGGACUUGGAAAAGAAACUGAAGGAUAACAAGAAGAUCUUGAAAAUUGUGACAUACUAUCAACAUACUACGAAUCCAGAAGAGUCAAAAGGCACUUCCGUUUUCUUCACUUUGAUGGUGUGCAUAGCUGUAUCAGCAGCUGCCUUGGGUGUCUUAUUCUAUGGAUUUAUCAAAAAUGGUCGAUAUAUGAUGUUUAUCUCGAGUUUGGCCACGACACCCCUAAAAGACGACAUGGAAAACAUGUGUCAGAGCAACUGGAUAACGACUUUUGACAGAACUAAUCUGUCACCUCAGCCAUCGUCAAGAAUAAAUUUGUCCAGAAAAAACGGUGAAUCAACCUCAAGGUCUAACAACCAAUAUUAUUCAGAUGUAGAUCAUGUUGAGAACAAACCCGCAUUUGAUGAUAAUUUGUUCAGCUUUGACAAAAUUGAAGAAGACAACAGAACCAGCAAUGACAACAAUUUUGCAGAUUUCAGUCAUAUGAAAUAGAAUAUAAUAUUUUAACAGAAUAAAAAAAAACACGACUUUAUAGACCUUAAGACUUAAUUAUAAUUACCACAUUGAUUUCUGUAUAUAUUUAAGUCAUUAUCAGUCCUUAAAUGUGUUAUCGAUUAAAAUUUGCAUCGAUGUAAUCUUUGUUUAAUUACUUCUUGUUUACUAUUCAAUCCGGACACUUUUAUUGUACUUUUUAAACUACUAUGUACAAUAUAUUCAUGUUACGCGUGUAUUGCUUAUAUGUAAUAGCUAUAUGUACUAUUUUAUUUUUUUAAUAAAGGUGUGGAAACAUU